AUGCCCGGCCCUGACGGAAAACCCACUUUGCUCGACCGGUCCAUGCCGUCGUCGUUUGACGAGAACAACGAGUUUUACGAUGAGCGCAUCCUCCACAAGGUUUUCCGCAAGCUUAAGGAGGAGCCUCUGGUCCCUCUUGGCUGCGGUCUCACCGUUUUCGCCUUCGUCAGCGCCUGGCGCGCCAUCCGCCGCGGCGACUCGGUCCAAGCCAACAAGAUGUUCCGCGCGCGUGUAGCGGCGCAGGGCUUCACCGUCUUCGCCAUGGUGGCCGGCAGCAUGUACUACAACAAGGACCGCGAACGCACGGCCGAGCUGCGCAAGAUCAAGGAGGCCAACGAGGCCGAGGAGAAGCGGCAGAGGUGGAUCCGCGAGCUCGAGGCCCGUGACGACGAGGAGAAGGCGCUCAAGGCCAUGCUGCAGAAGAAGAGGGCCAAGGCGGAGGCCAAGAACUCGGGAGCCGCUGGAGACGAGGCGCCGGCCGAGGGCGACAAGGCCAAAUCCGGAGGCGUGCUCGGCGCGUUGGGGCUCUCGGCGUGGACCAAGCCUGAGGAGGGCGACGCCGUGUCCGAGGCAACGUCGGCGGAGAAGCCGCAGAAGAAGGAAAAUCCCAACAGCACGCUCGGCACGAUCGGGGAGAUUUACGGCCGGAAGCCUUCCUCAUCCGACGGUUCAUCAUCGGAAGAGCCCAAGAAAUAG